AUGCAGGACAAUGCUGGGAAGACGACCCUGCUCUACAGGCUGAAGAUGGGAGAGGUAGUGACUACCAUACCAACGAUUGGUUUCAAUGUCGAAUCAGUAAAAUAUGGUCAGUUGACUUUUGAUGUAUGGGAUCUCGGUGGACAGACGUCAAUACGACCUUACUGGCGAAGUUACUAUGCGAAUACAGCUGCUGUCGUGUUCGUGGUCGACUCAACCGAUAUUGAGCGAUUAGAAAUAGCCGCCGAUGAGCUUCGUUCGAUGCUCAACGAAGAUGAGUUACGAGAUGCGGCACUAUUAGUGUUCGCAAACAAGCAGGAUCAGCCUGGCGCACAGGGUGCCGGGGAGAUUUCCGAAGCGCUUAAGUUGGGCGAGCUGCGAGACAGGAACUGGUCCAUUGUCGCAUGCUCCUGCAUUGACGGCAAGGGCAUCAACGAAGGCAUGGACUGGCUGUCACAGACUGUAUCAUCCGAAGCUUAA